AUGGCGGCGCCAGCCACGCCGCCAUUCGCGGCCCGCGCUUCGACACCCACGGCCGACGUGGCACGCCUUUCUCCAUCUCUACGCACGCGACACUUUCGAAAUUUCGAGCCGAUCGCUACACAAUUGCGCAGGCGCGCGGAACGGAAGGGGGGAGUAUCUGCAGCGGUAGGGGGUGCCGGUCGGGGGGGAGUGGUCGUGGUAGCGGCGGCGGGAGCGGAGCAGUCACCUUAUGACGUGCUGGGAGUGCCUCGAGGCGCGUCUCAGAAGGAGAUUAAGUCCGCGUUCCGGCGGCUGGCUCUUAAGUACCAUCCGGACGUGAAUAAAGCGCCCGACGCCCAGGCACGAUUUGUGCGCAUAAAGCAGGCCUACCAGACCCUCACGGACCCCGAUGCUGCUGCCAACGCCAAGGCGCGGGCUGCCUCGCAGCGGCAGCAGCAGCAGUGGGGGCGGAGCAGCAGCAGCAGGGCGAGUGGGGGAUUUGGCGCGCAGUGGGACGCGGAUUUCAGUGGUCCGUUUGACCCGUUUGAUGCAUGGAAGGGGCCGAAGAACAAGCCAGAUGACUUCUAUAGCCUUGACGAUUUCUUCAAGGACUUACAGAAGGAAUUUGAGGAGAAGCAGAAGGAGCGGGGCAGCGGCAAGCCCAAGAGCCUGUGGGAGGAGCUGGCGGACCUUGGCGAGGAUUUAAGCAUGAAGAGGGAGGAGGAGGAGAUUGAUGAUGAGCUGCAGAAGCUGAAGCGGGAGAUGGGGCUGUGA